GGUGACGUCACAUAAUGCCCUGUCUUUUGACGCCCACUUCCGCGAGAGGGCGAGUCCUGACCACAGCUUGGAAAUAAAGAAAAAGUGAAGCUUUCUACCGUUAACCAUUGUUUCAGUAAAGUCCUGGAAACGACUCGUCCUCACACAAACUAAAACCAUGGCAGAAACUGUCAUAUUCUUUCUGAGUGUUUUUGCCCUUGUCACCACCACACAGGGUCAGAGCUGUUCUAAACCCGUUGGAAAUGCAAACAUGUCCUUGAAGGAUGAAUAUAUCCUCACCAAUACUUUCCCUGACCAAGCUCGAGUUUCUUUUGGCUGUAAUGGUGGAUACGAACCUUCUGGAGGGUCACCAACUAUAACCUGCAACGCUGGAUCAUGGAGUGAACUGACAUUAACAUGCCGACGGAAGUCCUGUGGUGCCCUGGGAGAUGUGGAGAAUGGAAAUGUUGAAUACCCAGACGGUGUUGAGUUUGGUGACAAAGCGGUGAUUACUUGUAACCCUGGUUACGCACUUGUUGGUGAUAAAGAAAUCCUUUGCAUGGCCCAAGGAUGGGGUAGCAGGGUGCCCACAUGUGAUGCGGUGCAAUGUGUAACGCCCCAAGACGUAGAGAAGGCCACCUUCAGUCCGGUUAAAGAAUCUUACAAAUAUGGAGAAGUUGUGACAUACAAGUGUUCUUCAGGAUUGACAGCCAUCGGAUCACUGCAGUUGACGUGCUCAGAUGGAGGAAAAUACGACGUCCCCCCUCCAACAUGUGUCUUUGUUCAGUGUGAAGAUCCUAUCACAGGUCUUCUAGAUUAUGAGGACGGCGCGCGGCCUCCAUAUGGAUUCAAGUCUACGAUCAAAGUGAAGUGUGCGAAGGGUUAUGAAUUAGUCGGACAUCAUACUUUGCAAUGUACAGCAGAGAGCAAGUGGUCUCCUGGCAUUCCAACAUGUAAAAAAGCCAUUGUGCCUCCCGUCACCACCACCACAACCACCGCCACCAGAUCCACUACAACUCAUAGUCCAUCAGUCUCCCCUGAUCCCAGUGAUCCACGAGGUGGUGGAAACUCUGUUGGAAUUGGCCUUGGCAUUUUUGCAGCGGUCGUCGGGGUUGCCGCCCUUGUCACCUCUAUCAUAUUAUACAAAAAGAGAAGCGCACAGAGAAGUACGGACAGAGAGACUGCAAAAGAUGGAGAGAAUGUGAGACUUUCGUAAACGUCGCAACGCUACUGGUUCAGCGUUACUUGCUGUGAAAACGGCUUCUGAGGAGAAGGACGUCCCCCAAGGCAGUCUCUGAAUGCAUGUGGAAAUGACCCUGACCUCUCAGAGGUUUGCCCCCAAGUCUUGGUCAAAAACUCAUCACAUAGUUUAAACAUGAUUAGUUUUAUUUGAUUCUUUCACAAACCCAAAAAAAUCCAUAAGAUAUUGUUUAGAAAUGUCAUUUACAACUACUUCCUGUUUGAUUUUAUUGUUUUUUAUCUUUCAAUGACUAAACUUAACUUUUUCAGGUGUUUAAGUGCAGCUUAGCUUCUGUAAAACCAAAACCCAGCCUGUUUCCAUUGUGUGUGUUGUCUAGAGACUGAGGAAGAAUUCAGAUGAAUACAAUCCCAGUUGCACUGUGUUGCUUACUGCUCUAACAGAGAUUGUGAUUGGUUAAAAAGCAGUUGUGAAAAUGGAGGGGGGGGUCCCAUUGAUUAGAUUCGUCGGGACUGUUUUAACUUGCACCUUAACAGAGGAAUGGAUGGUAGCUGUCCGAUCUCUAGCAUAGUGCCUAAAGUAAAGGUGCGAUCAGCCUUACUAUUAAAAAAAAAAAAAGUUGGUGUUCUGUCAGCUUCCUGUGUGGCCCACAAGGUUUUUAAGGAAGCCAGCAUCAAGUUUCAUACUGUUUAGAAGGUUUGUGCUGAAUCGACUUCAAAAAUGUCCAAUUACUCAGCAAAAUUCAUGCCAUAUCUCUUUAUUAUAGUGUAUAUACCACUGUGUGUUAAGUAGACAGGAACUUACUCCCUGCAGUCACAAAAACCUGUGUUGGCUCAGAUCUCUGAAUGUUUUGCACUUGCUUAGCUUUUUAUUUAUUGAACAGAAAUUGUCACAAAAUGUGUGUUUGGGAUGCAGAAAUGAAAACUUUUUUUUGUAAUCAGUUGACCAAAUAAAAUCGUGAAUGAA